CGCAUCUUCCAUUGGACUGGAGCAGGGUCUGAUCGCGGACACUCACACUCUUUCUGCCCCGCUAGAUCUUGGAGCGCAUCUUGAUCUAACGCUUGCUAUUUAACACAACAGCUAAAAAAAAAAAGCGGAAGGGCGAGAUUUCCAACACUAGCCUUGUCGCAGUCUGUCUGACCUGCUAGUGGACGAGCUGAACGGAGGAGUGGCACAAUAGGAGGAGACAAGAAGACAGGAUGUGGGGAUGAUUAGCAAAGGGUCACAGUGUGUGAAUCCUGCACUGAUAUACAAGAGUGGACUCUGUGGCUGAGACUGUUUUUGUGGAAUGAAGCGGUAACACCCAGCAGAGAGAGAAAAAUCUGUACUGCUAAAACCUAGGAGUGUAUCAGAACUGUGGAUUAGUAACUACUACAUACGCAACUGUCAUAUAAUCUCUUUUCAACAAUGCUAGUCCUGGAGGAAAAUGAUUAUGACAAUGUCUCUUAUGAAUAUUUGGAGUACGGGGACUUUGAGGAGAUAGGAGAAACUUAUGUCCAGAAGGAAGCUCUGCAUAUUAUUUCCGUGGUGAUCUACACUUUAGCGUUUGUGAUUGGUGUAAUUGGGAAUGGCAUUGUGAUCUGGCUCACUGGGUUCAAAAUCAAGCGGACAAUUAACAGUGUGUGGCUGCAGAACCUUGCUAUUGCUGAUUUCGUGUUUGUCCUCUUCCUACCGUUUUCCAUUGAUUAUGUGUUGCGUGAUUUCAACUGGAUCUUUGGCUGGACGAUGUGCAAGCUAAACUCUUUUGUAUGUACGGUGAACAUGUACGCUAGUGUGCUGUUCCUCACUGUACUCAGUCUGGACCGCUACAUUUCUCUUGUGCACCUUACUUGGUACCAAAGGUUCCGUACUGUGCGACGGGCCUGGAUUGUCUGUGCGUUGACCUGGGUGAUGUCCAGCCUCCUAAGCAGUCCGGCGUUAAUAUUUAGAGAAACACUACAGUAUGGCAAAAAGGUUGUGUGUUUCAACAAUUUCCAUAAUGAGGAUGCACAUGCUAGUAAGGUGAGACACAUUUCAAUGGUGACUCUCCGCACCACAGUUGGCUUCCUCCUGCCGUUCCUCACCAUCAGUGUGACUGCCAUAUUAUUGGCUGGUAAGAUGAGGCGGUUUGGCAAUGUACGCUUCUCCAGCUUCUCCAAAAUGAUCUCAGCAGUUGUUGUGGCCUUCUUCCUGUGCUGGGCACCGUUCCACACCUUUAGCCUUAUGGAGCUCACAAUGCACCACUCAAUGUCACUUGGUCAUGUCCUGAAUGUGGGCUUCCCUCUGGCCACCAGCCUGGCUUUCUUCAACAGCUGCAUUAACCCCAUACUCUAUGUGCUGUUGAAUAAGAACGUGCGGGCAAUUAUCAAGGAUUCCUUAAAAAGUCUCACUAAGAAGUCACUGAGAGAGCUCAGCAACAACCUAUCUGUCACCGAGACAGCUUCACUUCCGCCCAGCUGCUCACCUGAAGAACCCUCUGUCUACAGUACUGUCUGAAGGACAAGAUCUAAAACACCCUUAAACAAACUGCUUUGCUGACUUCUUCUACAUUUGUGAUAAAAUUUGUAUUUUUAGAUAUGCAUCGGCUUUAGAACUCUGAUUAUAUAGAAAAAUAUUAAUUUUAUAUAUAAUCUAUUUUUGCACAAGCUAAAAAAAACUUAAGGAUCUUAAAACCUAGAACUUCUCUUUUAUUCAUCCAAUGCUAAUACCAGGGAGUUUUUAUAAUUUGCUUUCUUUGGAACUGGUCUUGUUUGGGUGCCAGUGUAUAAUGACUAUAAAUUUCUCACAGUGGAAAACAUGAGUAAUUUUUAUCUCCCAGACUUGGUGAAAGAAGCAACCAAAAAUUUUGUCCAUUAUAGCCCUGUGAUGACCCUCAUUAUACAAACAAGGCACAAUUCGGGAAGGAAUUGAUCGGAUUCAUUUGAUUUUAUUGACAUAUAUGUGUUUUUUUUAAUAUGUUAAUAAUAUAUGUUUACUUGACAGAACUGACUGUGUGGUUAAUCUGUCAUUUACCAUUGGUUAUUUGUAGAUAAAGUUUUCAUUAAUAUUACAAGUUACUCUCUAGCAUCAUUUCUAUUCAUUUUGCCUGUCAAGUUAGAUGUGGCUCAUGACAAACAGCAAAAGUAUUCUCUUGUUUUUGUCUUUUAUUUUGGCAUAUUUCAGGACAUUUGGACUGUUUGCGUUAGAUGUUUGUUAAGAAAAGUGCAAACAGAAUCAUAAUACUUUGUACAAAAAAUAUUUACACUGGAGAGAGCUGUAAGAGGGUUGCCAGGCAGAAAGCAAGGAAUUUAUAUAUUUCUGAUUUGUAGCUGCUGAUUUACUUUGUCUUAAUAAAUAUACUACUAAAUAUA